AUGCACUGCAGCAGCAUUAGCCCAAACACUAGCUCACAUCACACCCCUUCCCUCAUCGCACCCCUCCUCCCCCCAUCUCCUCGCCGCCACCGCCACCUCCCGAUCCAAUCUCUCCCCGCCGCCUCCCGAUCCAACCUCCCACCCACUGCCGACCUCGCCGUCCUCCUCACCCACUGCCGCCGACCUCGUCCCUCCCUCCCCUCACCAUCUCUCCCUCGUCUCUCCCUCUCCCCCGCACCACUCCUCGCCUACUACCUCAGCCGGAUGGGCCAGACGCUGCGCCUCGUCCGCCCGCCCGUGCUCUGGGUCGUCGUCGAGGCCGGCAAGCCCACCCCGGAGGCCGCCCACACGCUGCGCCGCACCACCGUCAUGCACUGCUACGUUGGCUGCUGCGACAGCCUCAACGCCUCCCCCACAGUCGACUUCCGCCCACACCAGCUCAACGACGGCUUCGAGGUCAUCGAGAACCACCUCCUCGAUGGCGUUGUCUACUUCAUCGACGAGGAGGGCGUCUACUCCCUGCCGCUCUUCGACCGCCUCCGCCAGAUCAGGGAGCUCGCUCUGCAUCCGAGUCUCAGUCAUCCUGCACAGCAAGGAGCUGGACCAAGGGAGCAAGCAGCGCUGCUGAACUCGACUCUUUUCCCCCGAGAUCGUCGUCGCCCAGUCCGGGGUUGGCGCGCGCGACCACGCCUUCUUCCGCACCACCAUCGGCCACAUCCUCUGCUACACCCCGGAGACGGUCUGCAUCGACCUCAACUGUUUCGAUCGAAUCGAAGCCAAGGCUUUCUCGUCCACCUUAAGGUAUUCUAUUUGUGCUCCAUCCCAAAAUCUAUUGUGCACUGCCAAGUCCAUGAGGUGAAGCGCUCACUGCUCGACCAUUUCUUUACUGAACUGGGAGCAAGAGAGAUUAUUUUCGUAAGUGUGAAGCCGUGAAGUCAUGAAGAGUAGCAUAUUGUAGCAUAUAUGUGUUGUAAAGAUUGUAAUAGAUUUAUUUAGUGGUAUAUUUGAUGAAUUUUAUGUGUCUAUUUGAAAUAUUGAUUAUGUAUGUGAUUUGAAAACUUGUGAAAUGGAAACCUGACCAGUGGGGUCACUUAUGAAAA